AUACUUUCUGGGUUCUUGGGAAAGUUUGGGUUUUUUUCAUUUUUAUACAAGCUGACUGGAAAUUUCCCAGACAAUUUGUCCAGCAUCUACACAGAGAGCUACUAAUGGGAGAUCAAAACAUUAUUACAGAAGUCCCUGCAGCUUUAAAACGCCUGGCCAAGUACAUGGUGCGUGGCUUCUAUGGGGUUGAGUACUCCUUGGCCCUUGAUGUGUUGAUCAGAUACCCCUGUGUGAAGGAAGACACCUUGUUGCAGCUACUCAAGUAUGAACGCAAACAGCUGCGCACCAUCCUCAACACACUCAAGGCAGAUAAGUUCAUCAAAUUGCGCAUGAGAGUUGAAACUGGGCCGAAUGGGAAGAGUACAAGGCACAAUUACUACUACAUCAACUACAAGGUGUUGGUGGACAUAGUGAGGUACAAACUGGAUCACAUUCGCCGGAAGAUAGAAGCAGACGAGCGGGAUUCUACCACUAGGUCCUCUUUCAAGUGUCCAUCUUGCUUCAACACUUACACAGACCUGGAGGUAAAUCAGCUGUUUGACACAUUCACAGAGACUUUUCGUUGCACCUACUGCAAUGCUGAAGUUGAGGAAGAUGGCUCGGCGCUUCCCAAACGAGAUGCUAGAACCUUGCUAGCAAAAUUCAAUGAGCAGAUUGAGCCUAUCUAUGCGCUUCUGCGGGAAACUGAAGAUGUUGUCCUGCCAUACGAUUUGCUUGAGCCUCCGCCAACAGAAAUCCCAGAACUAUCAGAAAGCUUUGAUCAGAAGAUCUACACAAACGUGUUGGACAUCAAUAUCCGUCCCGAAAAAUGGGCCAACAAGAACUCGUCUGUCAGUGACAUGUAUGUCCAGAACCUAGUUAUUGAUGUCCAGGAUUCUGAACCUAAAAAAGAAAAAGAAAAGGUGGCCAAAGAGCAACCUAUAUGGAUGUCCCAGAGUACUGUAGAAGAAGCAUCUUCAGCAGUUGAUACCAAUGCUGAAACACCUAAAACUGAUGAGAAUGUUAAGGAAAGCAUCACUGAUAAUGAAGUAAUAAAGACUCUUCUCAUCCAUGAAUCAAAGUCAUCUUCUGGAACAAAGCAUGUGCCACCUCUUGCCCAAAGCAAAUGUCAUGAGUCAGAAAGUGACACCAGUGAAUCUGAGGAGGAUACUAAGCAUGUCAAACCAAGACAAGGAAAAGUGGUAGGCAGUGACUUAGAACAAGAGGAGCAGGAAACUGUGGAUCCUACUGUAAUGGUAGCUGGACAGCCCCACUUAUAUAGCGAAGUCAGUGAAAAUCCUGAGCUAGUGUCAUUUAUGACAAGGGAAGAGAGAGAAGCUUAUAUCAAAGUGGGACAGGAAAUGUUCCAGUCUGUCUUUGAAUAGUCAUUUUAAUACACAGAUAUGCUGUGCAUGUAAAGUAACAUACAAUCUGCAUGGAAAGA